GACGGAAAACCGGACGGGAGGCAUUUGCAACGCCCGUCCGUCAGGACUCGUCGGUCGGCCGGUUGCCGGGAUCGGAAAAAGUCGCGAGAAACAUGGUGGCCGCGUGCGCGGCGUACGAAUACACAUUUACGCGCACACACACACCGCUCGGGCGGCAUCGGUACUACGGCGCGCACAGCUGUUUCCCGCCAUAACGCAGUUCAUUGUGUUGGUGUACGUACGUGCAUCGGUUACGCGCGCGCGCCAUUUUUUUUUUUCGUCCGUACCGCCGUCACCGCGCCGAAAACGCCGAUUAACUGCGCGCGGCCCGACGGAAUACUCGCAUCCGUCACACGCCGUCCCGUUCGUGUCGUGCCGCCGGUGUGCGUGCGUAACGCGCUAUACUUUUUUAUUUACAACGCGCGUUCGCGUGUGGUCAAAACAAUAAUAACCAUAUACCGAUGAUGUACAACACGUAUUAAUCGAUUGUGGAUAAUUGAUUAGCAACACGUUUGCGGUACGAUUACGGUCACCGUCGGUCGUCGGACGCAACAGCAUUUCACCGGCGUCGUCGUAACGCGAUUAGCAAAUACUAUUUUAACCGAUCGUUGGCGGGCACCUCUAGAAAUUCGCCGGCAGACGCGAAACCCAGAAAUAAAAAAAUAUCUACAACACCCGUCGUACGCAGCGAGCGCGUUGGCGGCGUGUUCAGUGCCGUGUUAGUUUCCCCGGAUCUAUUCAAAAGGAACAUGGACACGGCAAUAACUAUAAGAUCGGGAGAUCGGUUCGACGAUUUGCAACAAUAUGACCACGAGGAUUUGAACUAUUGCAGUUUAACAAACGCUUCUGAAGAAGGUGUUGAUUCACCACCGGCUGGACUCACGCCCAUUGUGGUGGGCCACAGGACUCCCCAGAUGAGUGCUACCAUGGAGCACGAGAAACGGUUACGUCGGGAGAUCGCCAACUCGAACGAGAGGCGCCGAAUGCAGUCGAUAAACGCGGGUUUUCAAAAUCUGCGGACCCUCAUUCCGCACCACGAGGGCGAGAAACUGAGCAAGGCCGCGAUCUUACAGCACACGGCUGACUACAUAUACCAGUUGGAGCAAGAGAAAACGAGACUUCUGUCGCAGAACUGCCAGUUGAAACGGCUGGUGAGCAAGCAAGAGGGUGAACUGUUGAGCACGGCCAACAACGUGCACAAGAAACGCAAAAUCGAAGACUCAGCUGGUUUAGAAGAUGGAGGACUGAUGAUCGAUGAAGUGACUGAAUUACGAGCACAUUUAGAACGCGAGCAAAGUUUACGCGUCGAGCUAGAAGAACAAUUAAAAGACUAUGCCGCCCGUUUAGGUGAAACUUUUGUCGAUUCAAAACCAAAAGAAGAGAAUACCCAGACUACAAUACAAUACCAUCAUAACACAAAUACGUGUGUAGUUGGUGAAGAAGCCGGUAUGGAGAUAAUUGAAGUAAAUGAGUCUGAAAACCUGGUAGUGCAACGAGAACCAGAAGUAGAUACUGUGUUGAUUAAGACUGAGACUGACACACCCGAAGUAGAUGAUCGGCUUAAAGCACCUGAAGAAGAACUUGUGCCACCGCAGCAGCAGCAACAGCAAGUACUGCCAUCUGCACGUGUUUACCUAACGAGUACAUCUCGACAAAACUUGGAAACCAUUGUUGAAGCGAUUCGACAUCUAGAAGGUGACAAUCUGUUUAGUGAUGACCACCAGGAAGCACCUCUUGCAUUAACCAAACAUACAGCGACCAGCAAUCAAAAGUUGCUUAAGGUGGAAAUGAAUCCUUUCCUUCAGUUCCACAGUGGUUCCCAGACAUCUCAAGGUACUACGGUGGUAACAUCAAAUAGUCCUGUACAACCGUCCAGACCCGGUGUCAUUGUUGGCAAACAAGCAUCGUGACUUCAUUAGAAAAGGAGGUCCUAAAAAGUUUUUUUUUUAUUAUCUUCUCAAGAAAUCUGUAACUCACCGACAUGUAGUAUGAAGUCAAAGCUCCUAUGAUAUAGGUCCCAAUGAAAUCUUCU